AUGUUUCCAACACUCUCUAUCCUCCGCAGAGAUUGCGAUGGGGAUGACACCUUAUCAAGCUGUUCCAAGCCCACUAGCCGAGCGCUCACAGUCGGUGUCCCAGCCGCGAUAACAGGAGUCCUCCUCUUAACCGCCAUCAUCGUCCUGAUAGUCCUUUACUUCAAGCGCAAGCGCCGCGAUGACCGCGAGGAUCUAGAAGAUCGCCGACGUCGCUCUGGUUUCUACGCUAACUAUGCCACACAACGAUUCGGCGAAGGCGCACCACAAGGACCACAAGCACCGCCACGAAAGGCAUAUGCAACGGAAUCGCGGCGCAGCUCUGGGGAAUCAGUUUUCGAUUACAAACAAGAUCAUGGGCCGUAUCAUCUUGCCCAGUUUAAUGGUCCUGAAGUGCCCAAGGCUGCUGCUACAAGGGUUGUUUCAUAG